ACCCCCCAAUCUAUCACAGUAUCUCCGGAUCACCUCCAAUCCAGUCAAGAACCGUCAAGACAACCAAAGUCGAGCAAUCAUGAGCGAAGUCAGAAAGAGUACUGAGGUCAGCCACGGCCGUGGAGGUGCUGGUAACAUCAGCGAGGAUGCUACCCCCUAUGGUGAUGGUGAGAUCGUCCGCGAAGGCAUUGUCGGUGACCAUGGCGAUGGCGCCUUCAGCACUGGUCGAGGAGGAGCAGCAAACAUCGGUUCGCCCGGCUUGAAGGCAACCCAACGCAAGGACGACAUUGCGAUCCCAGAGACUGCUCUCCGUCCAAGUCAAGAGAACGAGGUCUACCACACCGGACGAGGUGGCGAGGGCAAUGUCCACACCGCCGAGCCAGUCACCAAGCACCCAGAAGGCCUUGCAGACAAGCUGAAGAACAAGCUGUUCAAGAAGAAGGCUGCCAAGGAGGAGAAGGCAUAGAUUCUGAUGGCGAGUUCGCGACGAUGGCUUUCGCUAUGGUGGUAAUGGGUGGAAUUCGGGAUGAAUAAUGCCAGGGAGAAAUGAUUGGGGGAGUUUGGAGGAUUCUUGAUACCACUGUUUCAUACACGAAACUUCUUCGCAGACUUGAAUGAACACGAUGAUCUUCAGCAGUACCCCGCAUGUCAUGAUUCGCCUUCCCUUGUGCAGCGCCACAUAGAUACUUCAGUACUUCGAGCUCGAGUAGUACUCAAGGCUACCUGUCCGCUUGAGCGGGGCCAAUCGUAAUUUGUACCUUCAUGGCAACAAGCAGAAAUGGACAAGUUCGUGAGUAAAUCGGAGACAUA